UAUAAACCCGUUAUCAAAGCAGCUGAUUACAAGCUAGGUGACCCGGCUGCGUACUCUCUGCGGCGCGCUUCUUUAAACCGAGUAGUUGAUAAGCGACCGCGCUCGAAUUUGGUAUAACCAAACCAAAAUGUUGCUCAUCCUAACGCUGAUAUUGGCCACCGUUGGCUAUGCUUUGCUCACGUAUCAUCUAAAAAGACAGAAGCUGCUAAAUAUUUUUUCGCACUUCGAUGGACCGAAAUCGCAUUACCUAUGGGGCACGUUUCCUAUGUUCAUUGGGAAAAGCAUCCCAGAUAUUUGGGACAUCAUAACAGACUUGCACAAAACACAUGGGGAAGACAUGGCGAUCAUUGCAGCUUUCAACGAAUUAGUGUUGGAUUUGUCCAGUUCGAAAAAUGUGGAGAAAGUGUUACUGGCAAAGUCUGUCAAAAAGUCAUUUGCGUAUGACUUCUUGGAACCGUGGCUGGGGACGGGUUUGCUGAUCUCUACUGGUGAGAAGUGGUUCCACCGAAGGAAAAUAAUUACUCCAACAUUCCACUUUAAGAUGCUGGAAGGAUUCCUGGAGGUGUUCAACAAAGAAGCCGAUAUUCUUGUGUCAAAAUUGAGGAGUAAGGCUGGAAAGGAAGAGUUUGAUAUCUACGAUUAUGUGACUCUGUAUGCGUUGGAUAGUAUUUGUGAAACGUCAAUGGGAGUUCAAGUCAAUGCUCAAGAUGAUCCUAACAAUGAAUACGCAGUGGCCGUUAAACAAAUGAGUACAUAUAUAUUGCGAAGAAUUUUCAGUUUUCUUAGGACGUUUCCAUCCUUGUUCUUCUUAUACCCGUUUGCUAAAGACCAAAAGCGAGUUAUUUUGAAGCUACAUAAUUUCACCAACUCUGUAAUUGAUGCACGAAGAGCUAUGCUAGAAAAAGAGAAGAACGCAUCCAACGUCGCCUUUGAUCUUCAAGAGGAGAACAUGUAUUCCAAGCGAAAAAUGACCUUCCUCGAUCUACUGUUGAAUGUUACUGUCGCCGGAAAACCUUUGAGCCGUGAAGACAUUCGCGAGGAAGUGGAUACUUUCAUGUUUGAGGGUCAUGACACGACUACAUCGGGUAUUUCGUUCACCCUGUGGCACUUGGCCAAGUACCAGGAUGUGCAGCAAAAGCUAUACGAAGAAAUUGAUCGGGUUUUGGGUAAAGGGAAGACCACCACUGCACUAACCAACUUACAGAUACAAGAGUUGGAGUAUCUUGAUAUGGUUGUGAAGGAAUCGUUGCGGUUGAUUCCACCGGUUCCCAUUAUCGGACGCUGCUUAGUCGAAGAUAUAGAAAUGAAUGGGGUGACUAUACCAGCUGGAACUCAAAUUUCUAUUAAGAUCUACAACAUCCAUAGAAAUCCAAAAAUAUGGUCCAACCCAGACGAGUUUAUUCCGGAGAGAUUCUCCAAGUCGAACGAAAGCAAACGAGGACCCUAUGACUUCAUUCCAUUCAGUGCCGGGUCGAGAAACUGUAUUGGUCAGCGAUACGCCAUGAUGGAGUUGAAGGUCACCAUCAUCAAACUACUGGCCAGUUUUAAAGUUCUACCAGGCGAUUCCAUGCACAAACUACGCUUCAAGACGGAUCUGGUUAUUCGUCCAGACAAUGGCAUUCCGAUCAAAUUGGUUGAAAGAGAUUGAGUAAUAAAGUUUAUUCAAUUAAGGAAAUUAAGCAUCAUAAAUAUUCUGGGAAAUUUCCUUAUAACCCAAUUUAUGCUUGACAAGUUCGACCCAAUUUACUCCCUACCAUUGACAACGCUGCUUUGCUCUAAUUAUUGUAAUCCUUGGUAAUUAGCGAAGUGGCAUUUUUACGCUUCCCUGUAUCGAGCACUCCACGACUAAAUAAAACUCUUUCGCAGCUUCCACCCGCCACAAUUUCUUAAGGCCGUUCGACAAACCUCACUUUACUUCUAUCGUUGACUGUCUGCCGAAGACGAGGAGACUUGAAGCGCAUCUUCCGCUGAUUAAUACCGGCCCUUU